AUGUCUUUUGUUGCAGUGCCUUAUUUGAAACACGUCCGUGACAAAAAGUCAAUUCAUCACAAUGCAGUUAAGUAUGCAACAUGCUUAUGCGAGAAACUAGAAAAUCUGAAUUACGAAGAAGUUGACUCUAUUGUUGCCAAUUCUCUGCUUGAUGCAGCGUGUUAUGACAACUAUGAGCUUGUUGAACUUAUACUCAAAAAAUUCCCUCAUUUAGCUUUUUAUGAGGAUCAUAAUGGGAAGAAUAUCUUACACAUUGCAAUAGAGAAUCGCUGCAAAAAUGUGUUUAAGUUGGUCUGUCAGAUGAGCCAGAUUCUGAACCACUUGGUGAUUUAUUUUGACUCCUCGGGCAAUACAAUCUUAGAUUUGGCUGGAAAGUUGGCACCACAAAAUAAGCUAAACCUUGUCUCUGGACCAGCUUUUCAGAUGCAACUAGAACUACAGUGGUUUAAGGAAGUAAAGAAGAUAGUCCCGUCUUCGUUCUGGAGACGCUUAAAUCUUGAGAAGAAAGCUCCAUAUGUGGUUUUUACUGAGGAACAUGAGAAGUUGAAAGUAGAUGGAGAGAAAUGGAUGAAAGACACAUCAAGCUCAUGCACAAUUGCAGCAUCACUGAUUGCUACCAUCGCAUUUGCUGCAGCAAUUACAGUACCAGGUGGCAAUGACCAAAACAGUGGAUUCCCCACUUUUUCUGGAAGCAUUGCUUUCAUUAUUUUUUCAAUCUCUAAUGCAGCUUCAUUGUUCACUUCUAGCACCUCUCUACUAGUGUUCUUGUCAGUUUUGACAUCUCGUUAUGCAGAAGAAGAUUUCCUUCAUACUUUGCCAAGGAGUCUUAUCAUGGGAUUGCUAACUCUGUUUCUUUCUAUAACAUCAACGAUUAUUAGCUUCAGUGCAACGGUGUAUCUCAUGUUUGGGCAGAAGAAGGCAUGGGUUCUUAUACCAGUUGCGACAAUGGCUUGCUUACCGAUUACUUCGUUUGUGCUUCUGCAAUUUCCCCUCCUUGUUGCUCUCAUUUCCUCUACAUAUGGGGCUGGAACUUUUAGAAAUUAAACAAGAGUAACUUCUUGUUUUAGCGACUAUUAAAGUAUUAUUUUUGACUGGUUGUUUUUUAAUAUUUGGUGUGUUGUUCGAACAUGUUAAGUCAUGUUAUC